UUUAAUGGCGGCUUUCGUAAACCCUAAUUCACCCCACUGCAUCGCCUCUCUUCCACUUCCCACCUCUCCACUGCCAUAGCCCUUCCUGCCCCAGAUCUCUCAAAAUGCCGUUCAAGAGGUACGUGGAGAUUGGAAGAGUGGCUCUGGUUAACUACGGCAAGGACUAUGGCAAGCUCGUUGUCAUUGUCGACGUCGUUGAUCAAAACAGAGCUCUUGUUGAUGCACCUGAUAUGGUAAGAAGCCAAAUGAACUUUAAAAGGCUAACUCUCACAGAUAUCAAGAUUGAUAUCAAUCGGGUUCCUAAGAAGAAGACUUUGAUUGAUGCUAUGGAGAAAGCUGAUGUGAAGAACAAAUGGGAGAGCAGUUCAUGGGGUAGGAAGCUGAUCGUGCAGAAAAGACGGGCAUCACUUAAUGAUUUUGAUAGGUUCAAGCUCAUGUUGGCAAAGAUUAAGAGGGCUGGAAUCGUUAGGCAGGAGCUGGCUAAACUUAAAAAGGAGACCGCUGCAUAAAUUCCCUUAUAUAGGCCUUUCAAUAUGGUUAUACGUUUCCAGUUUUGAUUGAGUCAUUGGCUCCUUUUUGAUUUUCAUCAAUAUAACAACCGUAAACCUACAGACUUGAAUUUUGGAUCAUUGUUAUUAUAACUGUUGCUAUCAAAAUCUCUCUAGCUGAAAUUGAUUCUUAACUUUUGAGUUGAUCCCCAUUCCAGAGUCUAUCAAUCACCAAUUGUCAUUACCAUAAACCCACUGUCAUUACACAUUACGCAUAUAAUCAGAAAAUCAGUACGAAAAAAUAACCGGUAUGGGAAAAGUGAUAUUUUUCAUAUAUAGUCCUGACAAUAGAAACUAGUGCAAGGAGAUCAGUACGAAAUCUCCGCACAACAAAGAGGAAGAAUAAAAGAAUGUAGGUUUUCAACACUCUUCCUGCAAACAAUUUUUGACAUGAUGCUGCAAUUCCAGUACUUUGCCGUUGUUCUUGAAUCCAAAAUGAGAAACUUAAAAAAAAAAAAAAAAAAAAA